AUGGCCUUGGGCAAUGUCACGACAGUAAAAGUAUUUAUCCAAAUUACAGGCUUAAUAGAUCAACCAGAGCUCCAACUACCCCUAUUCUUCCUGUUUAUAGGAAUGUAUAUGAUCACUAUAAUGGGAAACUUGAGAUUGACCAUUUUAAUCAGGGUGAAUUCUCAGCUUCACACUUCUAUGCACUAUUUCCUCUUUAACUUAUCAUUCAUAGAUCUCUGCUACUCUUCUGUCUUUACUCCCAAAAUGUUGAUGAAUUUUGUCCUAAAGCAAAACAUCAUCUCUUAUUCAGAAUGUAUAGUUCAGCUCUAUUUCUUCUGUUUUUUUGUUAUUUGUGAAUGCUAUGUAUUGACAAUAAUGGCUUAUGGUCAUUAUGUUGUCAUCUGUAAUCCAUUGCUGUAUAAUGUCACUAUGUCUAACCAAGUCUGCUCUUGUUUAUUGGGUGAAGCAUAUGCAAUGGGGUUUGCUGGUGCCAUGGUCCACACUGGAUGCAUGCUGAGACUGGUCUUCUGUGAUGCUUACAUCAUAAACCAUUACAUGUGUGACAUCCUCCCCCUCCUCCAGCUCUCCUGCACCAGCACUUAUGUCAAUGAGCUGGUAGUUUUCAUUGUUGUGGGCAUAAAUAUUAUAGUACCUAGUGUCACCAUCUUUGCAUCUUAUGCUCUUAUUCUCUCCGGUUUCCUGAGCAUCAACUCCACUGAGGGCAGGUCCAGAGCCUUCAGCACCUGCAGCUCCCAUAUAAUUACUUUUGCUCUUUUCUUUGAGUCAGGUUCAUUCAUGUAUCUUCAGCCCUCUUCAUCAGGGUCUGUGGACCAGGGCAAAGUAGCUUCAGUCUUUUACACAAAUAUAGUGCCCAUGCUAAACCCCUUCAUUUAUACUCUGAGGAAUAAAGCUGUUCAGGCUGCCAUGAGCAAAACCUUGAAAAGAAUGUGUACAAGGACAGUAACAGGAGUUUUAUAA